GUUUCUGCAACUUUUGCACUGGCAGUAGCAUGCCACAUCCGAGCUGAAAAAAGAACUAAAUCACUCCAAAUUCAUUCCUGGAGUUGCUUGAUUGAACACAGUGCAUUUACACUGAGCUCAUACCUGACUUUGUCAGCAUUCACUGUGCUGUAGCUAAGUAACAAGAACACUGUCAUUAGAAGACAGAUGAAUAGCUUUCUUCAAGGUCAUUAGAGCACUGGACACCUUUAAGGAGUGCAGAAAUCUGUGAAAGGAGGAGUUGGGGAAAAGGACGCUGCUUCUUUUAGAGUCUGGGUAACAGAACUGGUAAGCUGUUCCUGUGAUGUGAUCGAAUGUGACUGAAUACUGCAGGCUCUUGGACUCUUAUUCUGUAAAAUCCACAUCAGAGCAGCUCAGGAAAAGAUCGGAGGGAACAGCUUCUGCUAUACUGAGAAAGAUGCUGGAGAGCUCUUCAGUUCUUUUGUUCAUUGUAUUCGUCCUGCUCUUCCUUCUGCUGCUCUUUGGGGUACUCAUCAGGAGAAACGGCACUGCUGCCCUUCUCUGGAAUGAAAAAAUCCGGGAGAAAAUAACCAAUUUCAUCAUGAAUCAGACCAAAGAACAGAGGAUUUUGAAUUUUGUGCUGCAGAACGCAGUCCGGGGGGACCCCUGUAGUGUCAUUGACACUAUAGAUAAGUACUGCUCCCAGAAGGAGUGGGCCAUGAAUGUGGGCAAGGAAAAAGGUUUAAUUCUAGACAAGACAGUGGAGGAGAUCAAACCUUCGGUUGCUUUGGAGCUGGGAACAUACUGUGGUUACUCGGCAGUUAGGAUUGCACGGAUGUUGAAGGCUGGUGCUCGUCUCCUCACUGUGGAGUUCAACCCAGAAUUUGCUGCUAUAGCUAAACAGGUGAUCGAGUUUGCUGGAGUACAAGAUAAGGUAAACAUCCUUGAAGGCCCUUCGGAGGAAAUUAUCCCUCAGCUGAAGAAAAAAUAUGAAGUGGAUACUCUGGAUUUUGUCUUUCUUGACCACUGGAAAGACCGAUACUCAUCAGACACCAUCCUGCUUCAGGAAUGCAACUUGCUGAGGAAGGGCUCAGUUCUUCUGGCUGACAAUGUCAUCUGCCCAGGAGCUCCAGAAUUCCUUAACUAUGUCCGCAACAAUCCCCAUUUCCAAUGCUCUAACUACCCAGCUCAUCUGGAAUAUAUGGCAGUGCAGGAUGCCAUGGAAAAGGCUGUGUUUUUGGGAUGAAGAGAGCGUUUAAUACUCAACUUCUGUUUCAAAUUAUGUAAAUGCAACUGCACAGAUUAACUUGUCCAUGCUUUAAAUUUUGCUUUUUGUAUUUUGGAGCCUUUAAUUAAAGCAAACUCUAGUGGAGGUCAUUUUAGGCCAGGUGGAAGUCAA